AUGGCAGACUGGAACCAUUAUGAAGCUUUUGUAAAUGCAACAGAUGAAAUUUUCAAUUACUUCGAAAAAGGAUUGCUGUUACUGUGCAAUACUCGGUCUGAGUUCUAUCAGUGUUUAGGCUUGAUGUAUUCGUCGUGUACAAGCCGCUUUUAUUUUCUUCGUCAUGGUUAUUCACAGUCUGAAGCUGCAGCUUUUACAGAAAUAUUUAAAGAACUAGAAUUUAUGUGCGCUGGAGGAAUUUUGCAAAGCAUUAAUCACUGGAAAUGUAUCGAAAUAUAUAAAAAAAGCUCGGAUCAAACAUACAACAAAUGUCUCGCGCAAUAUCAUGCAAACGUCGAGAAGGAUCCGAGCCAAAUCUGUAGAGCAGCAUUUUCAAUGGCCCUCUGCGCUCGAAUGCCAUACAACGUUCACUGCGGAAACGAAGUUGGUUGGUGGGAAUGCGAACGUGUUCGAAUAGCUCUCGAUAUUGACAGUUAUUGCCCCACCUUGAACUGUUAUUAUAGUUUGGGUGAAAAGUAUUCAGUGAAAAAAACUAGAAAACAAAAACUGCAAGAAAAUAAUCCUUAUUUUAUGAGUGCAGGUAUCAUUUGA